AUGGUGCGCGGGGAAGCCUUUCACAAGCUGCGGUACUUAAUGCCUGGCAAUGCAGGCAGGGGGGUAGAUAAGCGAGGAGCUGGCAGGGCAAUAACUCAUCCCAGCCUUACCACGGCCUCUACUGCUGCUUAUUCCAGAAGCUUCCUGCCCAGUCUGCUGGAUCCUGCUCUCAUUUCAGUAAGUCCACGGACCCCCAAGGCUUCCUGAAUGCUUGACUUGCCCAACGUGGCACCGUUAGACAUGGCAGAGAGCUGGCUGAACCUCCAGACAGAGGGAGACCUAGGGUCAGAUUCCUUCUCUAGUUCAGUGAACCUUGAUGACAGCCUGACCAGCCUUCAAUGGCUGCAAGAGUUCUCCAUCAUCAAUGCUAAUGUGGGGAAGACCCCUUCACCAGCCACUGACUCUCAUGGAUACCAUCACCUAACAGGUGCCCCAUGCUCGCCUUUGGCAGCGGAUCCUGCCUGCUUGGGAAUGCCUCACACUCCUGGCAAGCCAACCUCUUCAUCCACAAUGAGGGCAGCACACCAAGGGCUCCAACCUAUGGAGGAAAUUGACUACAAAACAAACCCGCACGUGAAGCCUCCUUACUCAUAUGCUACUCUUAUCUGCAUGGCCAUGCAAGCUAGUAAGAAAACAAAGAUCACACUCUCAGCCAUAUACAAGUGGAUCACAGAUAACUUCUGCUAUUUCCGCCAUGCUGACCCCACCUGGCAGAAUUCCAUCAGACACAACCUCUCUCUAAACAAGUGUUUUAUCAAAGUUCCUCGGGAAAAGGACGAACCAGGCAAGGGUGGUUUCUGGAAAAUUGAUCCUCAGUACGCUGACCGCCUUAUGAAUGGAGCUAUUAAGAAGCGUCGUCUUCCACCCCUUCAGAUUCAUCCAGCCUUCACCAGUGCUCUGGGUAUGCCUCAUACUGAGAAGAGUGGAAACUGCUCCUGGCUACCUAACAUUAAUUUAGAGUCACACAAACUGCUGGAGGAGUUUGAGGAAGCCACAGGCCAACAAGGAUGGAGCUCUUCUAGUGAGCAGUGUUGGAAUGUCUCAGGAGAUGCAAAAGGGCACAAGCGUAAACAGCCAUUGCCCAAACGUAUGUUCAAGGCCCCUCGCCUCUCUAGCUCACCACUGCUCACCCAUGAUGAGCCACCUGAACUAGGUCCCUUGAAAGGUGACUUUGACUGGGAAGUCAUCUUCGACUCCUCUGUAAAUGGAACCAACUUUGCUGCAUUUGAAGACCUGGAAAUCACCCCUCCUAUUAGCCCAGUCACCCGCUCGGUUGAUCUCACUGUCCAUGGAAAGCACAUUGACUGCCCCCAGCAGUGGUACCCCACAGGACACGACCAAGUGCUUAUUCAAAACAGCUUGGAUUUUGAUGAAACCUUCUUAGCCACAUCCUUCCUCCAACAUCCUUGGGAUGAGGGCAGGAAUGAUUAUCUAUCCAAUUCUGCCAACGUCGAACAGCUGUUUGAUAUCAAUGAGGAUUUUCCACCAGAGCUCAGCGACUGGAGCUCAAUGGGCUCCUAUUUAUAACA